CAGCAGAGGGAGCAUGGAUGGAUUGUUAUUCCUGUGUCAACAGAUACAAUUCCUUAGACUACGCUGAUAUCACGAUUAAUGCAUCAGGAAUGUGUAAAAAGUUAUUUUUCGCGAGACAGUGCCACUUUCGACGUAGGAUACGAUGAAAUCUCGUCACCUCUUAAGCAUUAGUCUCUCCAGUCUCAUCAAGUCUCUUGGAUCCUCAUGUUAUUUCAGUAAACGUGUUCCUUUAUUAGGAGCAUUUUUCAUUUUAUACACUAUGGCGGAAUUAAACAAUUCGCUGAACCCCACCGGGACGAUUCUCAAAGGACCUGUUAAUCAAACAGUCCGUGUCAAUCAAAAAGCACGAUUUCAGUGCCGCACGCAUGAUCGGCACACGCAUGGGAUAACAAGCGAACCGCAAACUUACCGAUACAGUAAACACUUAAGUGUGCAAUGGAUCAUAAACGGAUUCGGAGUUACUAAUGAGACACUGGCUGCUGUUCACGGUACAAGAUAUCGAAUGCCCGGGCCACCUGAGUAUGGAAUUUAUGAUUUGAUAAUAUCAGAUGUAAGGCUAGAAGAUGAAGCGAACUUGAUCUGCCAAGCUACCGUCAAACUCUACAAAGCAUCUGGUGAAACGGUGAUUGAUACGCUCACCAGUGCAGUAACCCACUUAAAUAUACUGGUUCCACCGACAGGAAUAUCAAUGAAGAAAGCUGAAAGCUUUGAUAAAAAUCUUCAUGACAGCGCGUGGCUUUCUCCAAAAGUCAAGGUUGUCAAUCAGCAAUACGUUAAAUUAUCCACUACACCUCAAUCUCCUACACAUACGCUCCUCAGCGGGACAGGUCAUGUUGUGGCGGAUGAUCCAACCAUUGAAUUAACUCGUCAAGGUACGAAUUCUUUAAUCUCCACUUACACACCAAAACCAGACCAAUUUCUUAAUCCAAAGGAACUUAUCAAUAAGGGACAGAACGCUGACGUGAAGGGUGAUGCGGAAACUGUUCCAACCAUUUGGAUCAAGGAACACGAUACGCUUGUAAUGGCUUGCUAUACAACGCCAUCUAAACCUGCCCCGAAAAUAACAUGGACACUAGCAGGUCGCCCACUAGAAGUCGCAAGUUAUAAUAGCCAGACUGGCUCAGGUACAUAUUUUGGACUAGAAAACCAGCCAGAUGCAUUGGCCAGUCAACUGGAAGGGGAUCAAGAGGUGCGAAUUAGUGAAACAUACAUUUUCGCCCCGAUGAAAAACACAGAGCAGUCUUCCACCGCACAACGCGAUAACUCAAAAGACGAGUGGGGUGAUGUUGGGAACAAUACGGAUGUGCAUACAGAUACACAAGUAACAAUCAGCACAUUACGGCUGAUCGUUGGUCGACAUCAUCGGGGAAAGCCUUUGGAAUGUAGUAUUGAAAAUGCGGCGGAGUACGGCAUCCCGAAUUUACCGACAGUCGGAGUUAUCCUGGAGGCGAUAUAUAUUGAGAAGGUUUCAAUUCUUCGCCUGCAACCGAAAGAGCAAACAGAAUGGAUUGAGGGGACAACGGUAGAAUUUCAGUGUCAAGCAAAGUCGAAUCCUCCGAAUCCAUCAUUUAGGUGGGCAUUCGUAGACUUCGAAAGCAUGCCAAACUCGAUUGCAACUAACGGCACGCAUGACAUCUACCAUCAUCCUACCUACUUUGGAAAGAGGGAUAAACCGAUUCAGUCUUCUUCUACUGACCCAAGUAUUCUGAACCUUCGCUUACAUCGUGGUAUGCACCGUGGUCGAGUCCGCUGUUGGGCAGGUGUUGGAGAUGCGGCAGGACUGCCCUGGUCUGGGCUUCAUGCAUCGGAAAAGCAGUGGGUGUGGCACCGAGCAGAUGAAGAAAUCAACGUUCUAUGUGAGUAA